AUGAAACUGAAGCAAGGAUCGUUUCUGUGGUACCUCUAUCUGGAUAAACUAUAUUGCUUAUUAUCCGUGAGAAAUGUGAAGGCUUUGGUGGAGUAUUUUCACCUUCUUGAUGUGCACCGCAAGAAAACCUUGAAUGAUGUGCUCUUCUACCACUUCCUUCAUCACGUGACUGACCUGAAACGGAACCAGAUCACAAUUGUGUUUAACAUGCUGGACUGGAAUGCUGUGGGCGAGAUUGGUUUUGACCAGUUCUACAUGCUGGUUUGCAUACUGCUGGCACAGGAGAACCAUUUGGGAGAGCAAUUUAUCUUCCGCCAUUCCCGGCCUGUUUUUGAGCUGCUUGACCUGGAUGGGGAGCUGAAAAUUGGCCCAUCCAACUUCCACAUGUACAACUUUCUCUUCAAAAUUAAAAAACAGCAACUCAGAGACCUGUACCAUGACUUUGACAUCACAGGUGACUGUCGUCUUAAUUACAAGGAAUUUAAGCUGUUUACUAUCUUCUCCAUGAACAAAUACCAGGAGAGUCAGAAAGCAGUGGAAGAGGAGAAAGCUCUGCCCGAAAAGAAAGUGUCACAAGUUAAUGUGAGUCAAAGAGAGAGUCUUCUUGGAAUAAAUCAUUUUGAAAGUGUAAAUGAUUACAAUUGUUAA